UAUAUCAUAUGUAGAUUAACACCAGGUCAGGGACAAAUGAUGAACGAUCCUGUUACGUAGCAGAUACAACACGUGGCUUGUCGUUACUUGUUGCGCGCGCGCAUGCAGAACAAUAAUGAAUAAAAAUAUAAUUCAACGUUUACGUUGAACGUAAACGUUCACUAAAUUCGUCGGUUAUUGCUCGUUGAAUCAUAAACCCUGCAUCAUGUUUCAUUUUAGGAGGCUAAAGUCAUUAUCCUACUGGAGUCAUGUAACCUCAUGUGCUCGAAACUCACAUCUCCCCCAAUCGGCGUCGCCAAUUCAUAGGAUUACUAAAAUUCUGAUAGCAAACAGAGGAGAGAUAGCAUGCCGUAUAAUGAAAACAGCCAAGAGACUCGGUGUAAGAACAGUGGCUGUUUAUAGCGAAGCAGACAGAAAUUCUAUGCAUGUGGAGCAAGCUGAUGAAGCUUAUUGUAUUGGCCUUGCGUCAUCCAGUCAGAGCUACUUAAGGCAAGACAAGAUCAUAUCUGUUGCCAAACAAGCAAAAUGCCAAGCUAUACAUCCAGGAUAUGGAUUUCUUUCUGAAAAUACAGAGUUUGCAGAAUUAUGUCAGAAGGAAAAUGUCAUAUUUAUUGGUCCACCAGCAAGUGCCAUCAGGGAUAUGGGUAUCAAAAAUACAUCAAAGGCUAUCAUGAUGAAAGCUGGAGUUCCUAUUAUAGAAGGUUAUCAUGGGGAUGAUCAAAGCAAUGAAACACUGUUGGCAGAAGCUAGAAAAAUUGGCUUUCCAUUGAUGAUCAAAGCUGUACGUGGUGGUGGUGGUAAAGGUAUGAGAAUUGCUCUGAAGGAAUCUGAUUUCACUGAGGCAUUGGAGUCUGCGAGAACAGAGUCACAGAAAGCAUUUGGGGAUUCAGCAGUUCUUCUUGAAAAAUAUGUUGCUGAACCUAGACAUGUUGAAGUUCAGAUCUUUGCAGACAAGUAUGGAAAUACAGUUUACUUAUUUGAAAGGGACUGCUCUGUUCAAAGACGACAUCAAAAAGUGAUUGAAGAAGCACCUGCUCCUGGGAUUUCCCAGGAACUUAGACAAAAGCUGGGUGAAGCAGCUGUAUGUGCUGCUAAAGCUGUAGGGUAUGUAGGUGCAGGAACAGUGGAAUUUAUAAUGGAUCGGAACGAUCACAGCUUCCACUUUAUGGAAAUGAAUACACGUCUGCAGGUAGAACAUCCUGUUACUGAGGCGAUUACUGGUUUAGAUCUAGUUGAAUGGCAGUUGAGAGUGGCAAACGGCGAAGAAUUACCACUGAAACAAGAAGAGAUCCACCUCAAUGGUCAUGCAUUCGAGGCAAGAAUUUAUGCAGAGAAUCCAAGGAAUGGUUUCUUACCAGGAGCUGGUCAACUUGUCUAUUUGACACCACCUCAAGCUACAAAUAAUGUCAGAGUUGAAACUGGUGUGCGACAAAACGACGAAGUAUCCGUGCAUUAUGACCCAAUGAUAGCAAAACUAGUUGUUUGGGGAAACAACAGGAAUGAAGCUCUUAGUAUACUUAGAUCAAAGCUCAGUGAAUACAAUAUAGCUGGCCUAGAUACAAAUAUUGAGUUUAUCAAGGACCUUUGCAUUCAUCCCAAAUUUCAAAGUGGCGAAGUACACACAGGUUUCAUCAAAGAACAUUUCGAGCAACUGUUUCCCAAAUUACAGAUAUCCAAUGAAAUUUUGAUACAGGGUGCCCUCACCUCGAUACUUUACGAAGAAAUGAAUUCUCUAAGUACAUCAGUAGAAACAAAGGAUCCCUUCAGUCCUUUCGCCGUAGAAACUGGGCUUAGAUUAAAUCAUGCAUUGAAACACACGUUUUGCUUCGACAUUGGGGAGAAAAAUAACAUAGUGGAGGUGAAAUAUAUUGAACCCGACAUAUAUCUAAUGCGGGUUAAUAAACUUGGUACUUGGAGAAGAGUGAGUGGAACUUUAAAGAAGAAAGAUAAUAUUUUAGAGUUGUCCGCGGAAAUCGAUGGGAUUAUCACUACAGCACGGACAGUCAAAUUUGAUAAUAAGUUACACAUAUUUACCAAGGAUCGCGAAUGGCAGCUGAUUAUACCGACUCCGAAGUUCGUAACUGCAUUUUUCAGUCAAGCAGAACAAGAUUCAAGCACAACAUUGAGCCCAAUGCCUGGGUUAGUCGAUAAAAUCUUUGUCAGCAAAGGAGAUGUAGUAAAGAAAGGUGACUCAUUGUUGGUCAUUGUUGCUAUGAAAAUGGAGCAUAUUUUAAAGGCAUCUGCAGACGGAACUGUGGAAGAAAUAUUAUGUUCAAUACAGACGAGGGAGGACAGCACCAGUCUAUUCCGGGGGAGCCACGGGAGAAAGGCCGGUCCUAAGAGAUCAGAUUCGGCGGAUGGAAAAAGAAGAUAAAACGAGACGAACGAGCGGGGGCAGGGCUUUUUGGCCAUGGAACGUUGAGACGGAUAAAAAGAUAAAGUCGGAUCGAAAGAAUAAGUCGUAGAUAGUUAAGCUUCGUAGAGAGAUAUAUUUAGUAUAAAACGCGGUG